AUGUAUCAUCAUCAACCUUCGGCCGCCACAACUGCAAGGCGUCUAUCAAGUUCUAAUAUCGACGAAGCUGAAGACAUUACAUCUGCUAAUGUUCCCUCUCGUAAUGAUGACGCAUCAAGCACUAGUCACUGCUCUAAUACCGGUGGCCAGCCAAACAUCGUCCAUUCCACUAGUGGAAUGUUUGGUUUAGGUGCGAAUCGAUCGAUCUCAGCAAGUUCGAGCUCUCUAAGUAACAAUUCUUCUGAUGCAAUUGGUUCCAAUGGUUCUGUUUCAAAACAAAUUAUAGAUAAGGCUAUGAAUUUUUUAGUUUCUCUCAAUGCAAAGAAGGCGAGGCAAGAUUCUAUGAAGAAGGUGUUUCUUCAGCUUCUCAUCUAUGGUUACAUGUUGUUUUGCAUGGUUGUAUUGAGCUCUGUGCCAUCUACCAUGUAUGAGGAAGGAACGACUGUUACUACGAGUUCCAAUAAUGGACAUGCACCUUUGUGGGGUAUCAAUGCUGGAUGGACCCAAAGAGUGUUGUUUUAUCCCAUCAAUUUUGGAGCUGAACACUAUUCAUAUGUGGCUGUGAUUGCCCUCUCUGCAUCCUUUUUGUUUCUUGAGGCAUUAAUGCUUUUCAUGUAUUACGUGUAUUAUUUUCUUCACACCAGAGGUCACAGAUUCAGUGAAAAGGCCAAGAAAGUUGUGCUUCCUUUCACUCUUUUCAUGUUAGCUCUGUCAAAUUGGAUGAUUUGGAUUCAUUGCAUUCCCAUGUCUUCUUCCUUUACAUCCUCAAGAAACGAAUAUUUUCCGUCCAUUGUUAGCGAUUCAACUCUGAAUAUUAUAUUCAUGGUUAUUGGAAGCAUUGGCGUAUUGAUCAACAUCUUUAUUGGGAUUAUCGGUACUAUUGUGACUUGCGAGACAAUUCCACCCAUAGAAACAAGAUUUGCGUCAUUUACCGUGGAUAGACCAGACGUUAUAAUUGCCAUUACAUUAUUGAAUCAGAUCUCUGUUGUUUUAACAGUUAUACUGAACACCAAUAACGUGAUUGCUUCUUCUGUCGUUAAGUUUAUUUUGAGUAGUGUAGUUUCUAUUUACUUUUUAAGGAAAUGCCCUUAUUUUAAGAUAUGGGAAAACGGAAUAGUGUUUGGUUGUCUCCUUGCCAAAACAUUUGGAAGUAUUGGACCUUUAGUAAUGGGAGCCAUUAAGCCAUAUAUUGCAAACCAAUUUGAGCAGACAGGAGAGAUCAUGUUUGGGGUGACUGUCACUUUGCAAUUUCUGGGAUUAAUCAUUGGAAGUAUGUCGCUUUCAAUUUAUCUCAGAAUAUUGGUCUCUUCAGUCAAGAAAUAUAUCGGCAACAUCAUGACUGAAUUUCCAGACAAGUCUGGUGCUUAUCAAAUCUACUCUUCUUUUGAAGAACGAAAGACAAUGAGUCAAUUGAUAUUCUAUUUGCGAAUUUCCAUAGGAAGUGCUUUUUCAGAGUCUCCUUCAGCACUUGACGUUUCUUUGAAAUUGUUAAAGCACUGUAGCAGCAAAUCAUUCACAAAUGUUGAUUUCUUGUUGAUCAACUCAGUAAUAGCGACAUUUUAUUCGUCUCAUGAGGAUGUGUUGACUGCAAAAUCUCAUGCAAUGAACAUGUUGCUAAAUGCCAAGAAAAACAACCCAUCUCGAAUGCAGCAUUAUAUGAUUUUAUUGAGAAGUAAGGAGUUAGAAGUCAGUAUGGAAAAGAUAUCAAACAUUAAUAUUGAAUUAAGACAAACUUUGCAACAUAUCCAGAGGAAACAACAAGCUCUCUCAUACUUUCACAAAGAAUUCUUUAAAGAGCUUUUAAGUGAAAAGCCGUCACACACAAAGUUAUUGAAUAUCAACAGAUCGGCUACCAAGUUGUUAACAGAGUGCAACAGCGGCUACAGAACGUUAUACUCACAAAAUCCAAACGACAAAAUUUUGUUAAGAUCCUAUGCCAUGUUCUUGGAAACAUUCAAGUGGGAGUUUGAAGCUGCGAACGAACUCUUGGAAGAAGCCAACUUGGUUGACGAUGAUGACCAAAAGGUUACUGCUAAUGUAUCUAGAAAGCUCCCUCUUCCCGACAAAUUUAACAAGAGUAACAGAGUUCAUCCAACAUCUGUUGUUAAUACUUUCCAACAAUCAAAGAAAUCAUCAUUUGUAGAUAAGACCACUAUGGAAGAGAUUGGACGGAGCGACGACGAAGAUAAUUGGGAGUCCGUGAGCAAUACUGGAGACACCGACAAGAAAGAAAAUGCAUUACGUUUGGCCAUUAACACUACUGAGCAGAACACCGUGCCCAAAACAUGGUUUGUGACCUUUUUAAUACUCUCUCUUAUUGUUGUUCCCAUUUUGUUCACAACCUCCAGCAUUUAUUUGAAUCAAAUUUCAACAAGAGUUGCAUUGGAGGAGCAAGUAUGCUCACUCAGUGGAAUUCCUCAUUUGAUUAUUACACAUAUUCGUUCUGUUCAAUCCAAGUACAGAUACUCACAUACACCCGAAAAGAGAGCGGAAAUUCCUUUCGUUGUCUCGACGGCCAAGUUACAAAUCACAGCACUGUUAGAAAAAGUGAAUAGUGUGAAAAUGGCCUCGAUAUCUGGUCAGUUUAUUCCAGAAGUUGUAGCCACCUUCACAGAGGUAAUAUGGCCCUACAAUAUUCCAAUUAAGCAAGAUAACGAAUUUGCAGAUCCCCUUUUCGAAACGGGAAAUUCUUCAGUCAGUCAGUUUGUGGACUUGAUACUCAAUCAAGGUCCACAAAUUUUAUCAUUGAUCAAUGAUUUAGAAGCAUUUAAUCUUACUAGAUCGAACUAUCCUUUGUUAAUUUUCUAUCUUGAUCGCAGAGAAAUGACCAGUGCUUUUGACAGUUUUUGUACGUCUUUUAUUCAAAGCUCCACAUCAGAAAUUAACCGAGAGGGUAUUGUAUUCUAUAGCAUUUUUGGAGCUGUAUUGGGAGUUUACUUGGUGUUCUCAGUCAUAUUUAUUAUUGUAACAAGAAAUCACUUACUGCAAAUUGAAAGGAUUCUAAAGCACAUUUUUAUGAACAUUCCAAAGGAGGAGAGUGGACGGGUGUUUCACAACCUGGAGCUCAAAACCAAUCAACAUAGCUACAAAGAAAGUUCUUCCAUUUUCACUCCAUAUUUGAUUUUCAUGCUUGUUACAUUGUCCAUUAUUGCCAUUAUCAUAGUUGCAAGUAUAUUAAUCAUCGUUGAGUUUCAAAGAAAUAUUUCUACUUCUAUUUCAACAAUGGAAACCAUAUCAAAACUGAACACUGUGGUUAGGACAUCCAUGAGAGUUUUUUUAAGACUCAACGAACUUGUUGUUAGAAGCAAGCUGAUGCUUAUUCCUUGGAACCUUGUCCAAGAAGAUAACAUGAAUGAAUUAAGAAAUUGUGACAAAGCUUGGCGAGAAAUUAGUGUUGGAGGUGCCGAUACUGGAUACCGAUCACCAAUUUCUGGAAUUUCGUCGGAAAUGGACUUGCUAAUGUCAGGAACGUGCAACAACACAAACACAAGUUCAAAUUUUACCAACACAACACUAUCUUUGCAAGAAAUUGAUCAACAAUAUGAAUGCCAAGGCAUGAAUCAACUAGUUUCUAGCUAUCUUUCCCGGGCAGUAGAGCUUAAUAAUGAUUAUUACCAUAAUUAUUACGACAUACAGACAGCCAUUGAUAUUUAUUUCAGGAAUAUUUAUUUCCUAGCAACUUCAUUCGCAGAAAAAUCAUUUGUGUUUAUCUCGACAUAUGUCACUUAUGCAAAGAAUGCGAACUUUUCCUUGUCGAUAGCUGCAUUUGCAAUCAGUAUAUCAUUUUGUUUGUUGCUACUAUUAGGGAGCUAUUCCUCUCUUUCGAAAUAUUGGGAAGAAAAACACAACAUGAGAAUGUUAUUGAAUUACAUUAACCGGGAAACAAUUGAUCAAAAUGAUGACCUUAAACAGUAUGCAAUCUCUCAUCGCAUUCCCAACAAGUUUUCGAAAAGUGUGCAAAAGUUAACUGACAAGUGGGGUUUUACAAAUCAUUCAUCUAACGAAGAGGAACCAAUGGCCAUGACGAAAUCUAUAAUGAAUGCUGCUACAGAUGGAUGUAUUGUUUGUAAUCCUGAAGGCUUUAUUGUAAUAUUUAACAAAGCAGCUGAAAACAUGUUUGGAUACCACCAAAGCGAGUUAUUGGGCGCUCCUCUUUCUUUACUUUUUUCUAAUUCAGAACAACAAAAGAUUGAAAAGACGAUUUUUUCAAUUACCUCUUCCCAAAAUGCAUAUGUUGAAACGUUUGAAAUGUCACCUGUUCGAAAGAAUAAGACGAGCUUUUCUGCGUCUGUUUCAAUAUCUGUGAGCGUUUUCAACAAGAAAUCCCUCAUUGCAUGCUUUGUCAAAGAUGUUACUACCGAAAAGAAGCAAGCCUCUCUUAUUUGCGAAGAAAAAAAGAAGAGUGAGGAAUUACUCUUGAAUAUUUUGCCUUUGCCUGUGGCCAUUCGACUCAAGCAGGGAGAAACCUCAAUUUGUGAAAAGUUUAAUGACUUGACAAUAUUCUUCAGCGACAUGGUUGGGUUCACUGCCAUGAGCAGUACAAUGACUCCAAAUGAUCUUAUUGUCAUGCUUGGGGAUAUCGUACAAAAUUUUGAUAAGCUCACCGAAAAGUACUAUAUUGACAAAAUUAAAACCAUUGGUGAUGCAUACUUUUGUGUGGCUGGAGCACAUGCGAGCAGGUCAUCAGAUCAUGAUGAACGAAUGCUCAAAUUCUCAAUUGACAUCUUUGCUUUCUUGAACUCAUUCAACAAGCAAAAUGAAAAGAAAAUUAAUAUAAGAAUUGGAUUGCAUACAGGAGAGUGUGUUGGAGGGGUGAUCGGUUAUAAGAAAUUUGCAUAUGAUUUGUGGGGAGAUGCCAUCAAUACAGCCUCUCGUAUGGAAUCUACAAGUAUGCCUGGAAGAAUUCAAAUUUCAAGAGCCACAUACGAACGAGUGUACGAUUUAGGAUUCGAAUUUGAGGAGCGAGAAGGCAUUCAAGUGAAAGGCAAAGGAUUAAUGAAGACAUAUUUACUUGCAAGCAAACAUCAUUUACCUGCCAUUGAGGAAAUUAAUAAUUAA